AUGGCGAAUGGAUUCUGGGCGAUGCGAAUGACUGAACGUGCAAAGUUGAUCUCUGCGUUCGUCUGCCCGUUCGGCCACUUUCAAUGGCUCAGAAUGCCUUUUGGAUUGAAGAAUGCGCCGUUAAUUUAUCAGAGCAUCAUCAACAACUGUCUGUGGGGAUUCGUCCGUCUACCCCCUGAAGAGGAAGCGAUGGUUGACCAGGAAGUUCUGGAGUUUUUGAAUCUUGAGCCUCAAGAAGCCUUGAAACCUGAAGUGUAUAUGCGGGACUCAGCGAUUCCUUCAUCGGACAUGACUGUAUUCCGACACAAUAUCCCGGCUCCAUCACAAAUGGGUCCGGUCUUAGGAAGAAGCUCGUAUAUUGACGAUAUCGCUCAUGUGGCGUCGACCUGGGACCGACUAUGUGAGGACCUGGACGCGUUGUCGUACAGACUACGAUACUGGAAUAUCUCUGUGAGCUUACCGAAAAGCGAAUUCGGGAAGUUGACCAUCCCAUUCCUCUCUCAUGAAACGAAGAUUGCCAAAGGCAUAGAGGACUUACCUUUCCCGUCGACGUACAAGGGAGUGCAGUCCUUCUUAGGAAGUCUGAAUUAUUACAACAAGUUUAUUGAAGACCUACCCGUAGUUGCCGCUGUGCUCUACGAACUAGACGAACGUGCUGGACGGAACCUGGAGGCCGCAAAGGAGUCUUUCGAGAUACUGAAACAUAAAAUCGUGUCGACCCCGUUGCUGCGACAUCCAGAUAGAACCAAGCCUUUCGUGAUCAUUCCACAUGCUAACCCGUGGGCGGCGUGUGUAGUUUUGGGAAGGAGCAUGAAGGACUCAUACACCCCAGUGUUGAAGGAAUCAGAGCUACGUUACCACAUAGCUGAGAAGGAAGUGCUCGCAAUCUUGCGGACUCUGGAAACCUCUGAUCCAUGGAUCAUCCCAGUUGUGGUGUAUACGCGCUACUCUGUACUAAAGUGGUUACUACAGUCUAACACUGCAGAUGGACGACAUCUGAAGUGGGGGCUGGAACUAUCAAGAUGGACACUGGAAAUCCAUAGGACUCAGAAAGAUGAGAACGGCCUUGUGGCCAUCCUUGGGUCUGGUAUUACUCCCAGGGAACAUUUAGAUGAAGUUGCGGAGACCCUGAUUCCUGCCAAGGGGCGUCUGAGAGUGAUGCCACCAGUGAGUCUGGAAAUGUUGGAAGCAGACUAUGGAGGCUACGUUCUGAGUUUUGAUGGCGCUGCGAAGGUUUCCACUCGCCGAGGAAGUUGUGGAUGCAUAUUGUGGAAGCUGCCCGGAUGGCAGGUUGUGAAAGCUGAAGGACACAUCCUUGAAGGUGUGACGGUCAACGACGCUGAAUACCACGGUUUGAUUCUGGGACUAAAGCUCGCUAUGAAGUACGAUGUCAAGGAGCUUGUGGCAGUCGGUGAUUCUCGAAUCGUCGUCCAGCAUGCUCAGGGUCUGAUCAAUUGCAACCAGCCCAACCUGCAACGACGUUUAGCUGAGUAUGAGGAUCUCAGGAAGAAUUUUGUGUCGGUUAAAUUGAUUCAUGUUAAACGUGAGUUCAACCAAGCAGCCGACUACCUGACCUCUAAGACUCUCGUGCUUGGAUAA